UCCAACCACUCCACAGCGCAGGAAGCCAGCCAGUAUGUGCUCAUGCCAUGCAAGGAAGGGUAUCUUCUCUUCUGUUCCAGAGAAAGCCAGUAGCCAAAGGUGUGUGGAACAAGCUACUUCUGAGCCUUCACACAAGCUCAUCAGGUAUAGAGGGUGGCCAACACUUUAGGUUAUGUCCUCCUCUGUCCCUUGCUUCAUUUUCUUUUGCCUCCUUGUGUGCUGCUUCCAUUUUCUGGUGUUACUAUCUGUGCUCUUAGGGAAGAGCAACAUAUUGUUUCUCACCAGGGUAGGCUUACCAGGCUGCAACCCCAAGACCACCCCUUGUUUUAAAUCUGCUGCUAUAUCCACAGAUGAGGCAGCUGCAGCUUCUUCUACCCGGUUUUCCCUUGGUUAUGCCUAGCAAAGUUGCUGUAACAAACAGCGCUCCAGAGAGGCUGCACAGGAAGGGGAAGCGGGAUGGAGAUGCACACUGAGGAUCCAGGAGAACAAUGGGCAGGAAACACUGGAGCUGCUUUGUACCCCAAAGCAAGAGCAGGUCAUGGGAACCUCUGGGUUGUAUUCCAAUGACCAGUGCUGAUCAAAAUAACUAAAAAUAAAGGAGUAGCUCUGGAUGCCUUGCUAACUCACACACAAGUUACUGAUGCUCCCCUGCGUGAGUGCCUAAGGGCCCCGCUCCUGCCACCCACCAACUGGCCCAGGGCGGGGUCCUACAGGCCUCAUAAGGACAGUUGCUGCUGCUGCUGCUGCUGCUGCUGCCCAGGAGGACUCAGAGCAGCGCAGAGUUCUUUUUAAAAUGGUUUUUUUUUUUAAAUCCUUUUGAAUUUUUUUGUGGGGGAGGGGUUGUAUGGAUGUUUGGUUGGGUUCGGGAAUUUGUUUGAUUCUGAUGUAUUUGUAAUUUUUACAGUUUUUGUUUGUAUUGUUUUAUUGUGGUUGUUUUUUUAAAGGUCUUAUUUUGUUCUUAAGGGGAGGGUCAGGGCUGCCGGGGAGUGGGUCCCAGCCAACAAAAUGGCUGGGGCAUGUUCCACAGGGGGGGAUGCACUGGGACAACCGAUCUCAGUUAUCACAGGUAGGAGGAGGAGUUACGCUAAGACCAGACCAUGUCAUUACCGAGGAGGCAGGUUUAGUCGUUGUUUGAGGACUAUCCCUGCCUCCAGGUCUGGUCCUGACUGGACGGAUAGUGGAAUCAGCAAGGGAGACCCACAUGACCUGAAGGUGCUGCUGUGUAAUGCCAGGUCAAUGAUUCAUAAGACCACUGCCAUCCAUGACUUGAUCAUGGAUGCAGGACUUGACCUGGCAUGUGUAACAGAGACUUGGUUGGAUGAGGCAGAUGGGCCUGUCCUUGCCGCUGCUUAUCCACCAGGUUUCUCUUACGCACAGUAACCCAGGCCUUGUGGGCGGGAAGGGGGGGUUGCAGUGAUUUUUAGGAAGUCAUUAGUUUGCACCAGGCAUCCUAUUGGGAAGACCCAGUUCUCUGAGUGCAUGUUCUGGAAGUUGGGCAAUGGGCCAGUACAGGAUUCCUUUUGGUGUACCGACCUCCCCGCUGCACCAAGGAUUCCCUGCCCAAGUUGCUUCAGGUCGUGGAGGAUAUUCUCCUGGAGACACCUACUUUGGUUGUCCCAAGGGGAUUUUAACAUCCAUGCCGACACGACCUUACAAGGGGCCGCUCGGGACUUUGUGGAAAGCAUGGCCUCCAUGGGGCUGUUCCUGAAUAAGUCUGGCCCAACUCAUAGCCGCGGACAUGCCUUGGACCUGGUGUUCACCUCUAUGGAUGUUGGUGAUCUGACACUAAGUAAAAGCGAAACAAAAGAAGUGCCAUGGUCAGAUCACUUCCUGGUGCAACUGGACUUCUCCGCAACCCUUCCCCUCUGCAGGGAGGUGGGAUCGAUUCGGAUGGUCCGCCCCCGCCACUUAAUGGAUCCAAAUGGUUUCCAGAGAGUGGUAGGGGAUGCUUUAUCCCAUGUUGAUAGCCUUUCAGCUCAUUCCCUGGUGGCCCGCUGGAAUGUGGAGUUAACCAGGGCUAUUGACUGUUUGGCUCCAAAGCGCCCUCUCCAAUUGCAUGGAGCCCGGACAGCCCUGUGGUUUUCCACGGAUCUGAGGGCAAUGAAACAAUCGCUGAGACGGGUAGAGCGCCGGUGGCAGAUAACUCAUUCUGAAGCUGACCGGACACGGGUUAGAGCUCAAUGUCGAGCCUACCAAGUGGUGGUAGCGACAGCGAAUAAGACUUUCUUCACCGCCUCUAUUGCAUCUGCAGAAAACAGCAGCAGGAGACUUUUUCAGGUGGUUCGCAAUUUAGCGGAACCACCUGCUACAUCGGGGCCCAGUACGGGCCACAUGAUCUCCUGCAAUGAUUUUGCAGUUUUUUGCAGAUAAAGUCACUCAGAUUUGGGAAGAGGUAGACUCCACCGCGGGAGCAGGGCCAGGGCGGGAGAGUGCUAGAGUCCUGUCUAGUCAAGUUGCUUGGGACCAUUUCUAGCCUGUGUGGGAUCAGUUCCAAUCUAUUACCUCUGAGGAUGUGGACAGGCUGCUUGGAUGAGUGAAACCAACCACCUGUCUCCUUGAUCCUUGCCCAUCCUGGCUUAUAAAAGCUAGCUGGGAAGGGCUGGGCGAUGGACUUCACGGGGUGGUGAAUGCUUCUCUCUGUGAGGGAGCCUUCCAAGACCCGCUGAAAGGCGGUUAUCAAACCGCUUCUUAAAAAAAACAUCUUUAGAUGCUGCCAAUAUGGCCAACUAUCACCCAGUCUCAAUUCUUCCAUUCUUGGGCAAGGUGAUUGAGCGAGUGUCAAGUCAGUCAGUCAGUCAGUUUUAUUGCACAUAGCCAAAGGCUCCUGCAAUGUACACAGAAUCAUUUGACAAUUAAAAGAAAAUAUACUGGACUGAGCGAGUGGUUGCUGAACAACUCCAGGCACGCCUGGAAGAAGUGGACCAUUUGGAUCCCUUCCAGUCGGGAUUCAUGGGACUGAAACUGCCUUGGUCACGCUGGUUGAUUAUCUCCGGCAGCCUAGGGACAAAGGUGAGAGCUGUUUCCUAGUUCUGCUGGAUCUCUCAGAGGUUUUUGACACCAUCGACCAUAACAUCCUUCUGGACCAUCUAGAGGGGUUGGGAGCUGGGGGCACUGUCAUACAGUGGUUCCGCUCCUUCCUCCUGGGCCAUGUUCAGAAAGUGGUGGUGGGGGAUGAGUGUUCAGACCCCUUGGCUCUCACCUGUGUGGUGCCUCAGGGCUCCGUCCUCUCCCCCAUGCUUUUUAACAUCUAUAUGAAGCCGCUGGGAGAGAUCAUCAGGGGGUUUGGGCUGGGUGUUCAUCAGUAUGCGGAUGACACCCAGCUCUACCUCUCUUUCAAAUCAGAACUAGUGAAGGUGGUGAAGGUCCUGUGUGAGUGCCUGGAGGCUGUUGGAGGAUGGAUGGCAGCUAAUAGAUUGAGGUUGAAUCCUGGCAAGACAGAAGUACUGUUUUGGGGGGACAGGAGGCGGGCCAGUGUGGAGGACUCCCUGGUCCUGAAUGGGGUAACUGUGCCCCUGAAGGACCAGGUGCACAGCCUGGGAGUCAUUCAGCUGUCCAUGGAGGUGCAGGUCAAUUCUGUGUUCAGGGCAGCUGUCUACCAGCUCCACCUGGUAAGCAGGCUGAGACCCUACCUGCCCGCAGACUGUCUCGCCAGAGUGGUGCAUGCUCUAGUUAUCACUCGCUUGAACUACUGCAAUGCGCUCUAUGUGGGGCUACCUUUGAAGGUGACCCGGAAACUACAACUAAUCCAGAAUGCAGCAGCUAGACUGGUGACUGGGAGUGGCCGCCAAGACCAUAUAACACCGGUCUUGAAAGACCUACACUGUCUCCCAGUACGUUUCCGAGCACAAGUCAAAGUGUUGGUGCUGAUCUUUAAAGCCCUAAAUGGCCUCGGUCCAGUAUACCUGAAGGAGCGUCUCCAUCUCCAUCGUUCUGCCCGGACACUGAGGUCUAGCGCCGAGGGCCUGCUGGCGGUUCUCUCGCUGCGAGAAGCCAAGUUACAGGGAACCAGGCAGAGGGUCUUCUCGGUAGUGGCGCCCACCCUGUAGAACGUCUUCCCACCAGAUGUCAAAGAUAAAAAUAACUACCAAACUUUUAGAAAACAUCUGAAGGCAGCCCUGUUUAGGGAAGUGUUUAAUGCUUAAUAGGUUAUUGUACUUUAGUGUUUUGUUGGAAGCCGCCCAGAGUGGCUGGGGAAACCCAGCCAGAUGGGCGGAGUAUAAAUAAUAAAUAAAAUAUUAUUAUUAUUAUUAUUAUUAUUAUUAUUAUUAUUAUUAUUAUCAUCAUCAUUAUCAUUAUUAUUAGUUUGGCCCUCCAGUUCAUACUGGAUGCCUAGCAAGUAAUUUAAGUCUAUAAGACGCCAAUGAACCAUCUGGUCCUCUAGUUAUUCUGAACAAGCAAGUCCCAAUCCACAUGUGGUAACCACAAACUAUUCACAGCCAGUACCCCUUGGUACAGAUUCAUAUCUCCUUCACAUUAAAAUAUGUGUGCAGUCAGAAUAGGACUGGGAAGUACAAUAUGCCAACAUGGAUCAUUCCUACUGCCUCACUUGAAAUGCUUCUCAAAGGGGGGCGGGGACACCAAAAACCUUGUUGCUGAUGAAAGCAUUGAACAAUGUUUGAUUUUGUUCUUCCAAAACAGAAAGAAAAUGCUGUACAUAAUUGUAAUUUGCCAGGGCUACUUUACUUUCAAAACACAUAAGGCAGAAAUUCCACCACUGUUUUCUGGUAUAUACUAGUUUAUAGACUGUAACCAGUUCUGGUAUUUUAAAAGUUUGAUACUUUAAAAGUAUCAAAAUACACUGAAUAUUUGACCUUAUGAAAUAAAAUAAAAAGUGGGGUUUUUCCCCUUAUCUUCCCUAACAAAAUAAGGGCUACAUUGGGCUAUUUGUGUGUGUAUAAGUGUACAUCUGGGAAUGUGGGUGGUGCUGUGGUCUAAACCACUGAGCCUCUUGGGCUUGCCGAUCAGAAGGUCGGCAGUUCAAAUUCCCGCGACUGGACUUAACUGUCAGGGGUCCUUUCCCUUUUUACCUUUUUUAAGUGUGCAUCUAGGGUUGCAUCCAGUUCUCUCUGCACGAGCAGAAGAGACGUCUGCUUGCAGAACAGGACUUCUCCAUCCUCUCUCCAUCACUGCAGCCCUCCACACACCCUCAAUAUCUGCUCUGGAGUGUUGGGUUUUGGAGGUGGGCAGGGGGCUGAAGGAGGGGGAAGAGGAAGGGGAAGUCCUGUUGCAAAAGUGGAAGUGGCCUUUGAUGGCACAUUCCGGAUGACAGGCAAAGGAAGCAGAAGAGUAGAGCACUUACACACAAGUUGUUUGAAUUGAUAAAUUGUCCUCUCUGCAGUUUGCAAGGUUUUAUUUUUAUACAGAGGGUGUGUGACUUCAGGCUGGGGUGUCAACUGGCUCUCUUCAGGCUGGAACUGUGGGUACCUAAUGUGCUCAUCUUCUUAGGGAACCAGAGUCCUGGUAAUGCAGGAGGGAAGGCUUGCUUGUUCAGGACACACCCAGCCCCUGUUUGAUGCCGUGCAAGUCUCUGUGGUGACACUCACGAGUCCAGAAGGUGGAUUAAAGUGCCAAAACAGCAACAGUCCAAAGAUCUGCCAGUAUCGUAAUGCGUUAUGCAAAUCUGUGAUGCAACCUCAUUUGGAGCACUGUGUACAGUUCUGGUCACUUCACUCAAAAAGCAUAUUGUAGAGUUGGAAAAGGUCCAGAAAAGGACAGCCGAAAUGACUGUGGGGAUGGAGAGACUCCUCUGUGUGUUUGAGACUUUUUAGUUCAGAGAAAAAGCAGGUAAGAGGUGCCAUAAAAUUAUGCAUAGCAUGGAGCAAAUAGAGAAAAGCCCCCACCCCCCGCCCGCCACCCCAAUAAUACAAUGCAGCUGAAUGUUGAAAGAUUGAGGAUAGAUAAAAGAAAGUCCUUCACAUAAUGCGUAGAUAAAACUAUGGAACUUGUUCCCACAGGAGGCAGCAAUGGCCACCAACCUUAUUGUAAUUAAUUAAUUAAUUAAAUUUCUAUACCACCCUUUAUCCGAGGAUCACAGGGCGGUUUACAAUAUAAAAACACAAAAAUGCAUAACAUUGUAACAAAACAAAACAAAGCCCCUAACACAGUUUAAAAGACUAUAGAUAGUUUACGUAGGACAGACACACACUGAGCCAGUCCGUGUAGCACGCGUGCAGCCCCGGACAUCUAAGGGCAUCACAGACCUGUUAUUGUUCAAUCUCGAGUGGCGGAACGCCACUUUUCCCUAUAUAGAUAGUUUAAUUAGCCAAAGGUCUGGGAGAAGAGGAAUGUUUUCACCUGACAGCUAAAGGUAUGUAAGGAAGGCACCAGGUGAGGCUCCCUGGGGAGAGCACCCCACAAGCAGGGAGCCACCGCAGAAAAGGCCCGCUCUCGUGUUGCCCCCCUCCACACCUCUCAUGGAGGAGGCACACGAAGAAGAGUCUCAGAUGAUGAGACACUAGGUCAGUUCAUAUGGGUGGUUUUAAAAGAGGAUUAGACAAAUUCAUGGAGUAGACUAUUAACCAUGAUGGCUCUGCUCUACCUCCACAGUCAGAAACAGGAGGGGCGAGGGCGCUUGUGCUCAAAUCCCGCUUAUGGGCUUAUGGGCUGGCCUGCGCAUGAGACGAGGCGAGGCAACGGCCUCAGGUGGCAGGGUCCGCCCAGGGCAGCAGAUCCCAAGGUCAUUCCUCUUCCCCUCCCUUGUUCCUGAUGCACAUCUUCCCUGGCCCGCUUCUUCCGUGGUGGGGAGCAGGGCAUUUGGGGCUCCACCUCAGGUGCCGAAAUGUCUUGGGCCAGCUUGCAGGUCUCUCACAGGCAUCAGGUCAGCCACAGUGGGAGCAAGGGGCUGGAGCAGAUGGGCUCUUCUUAUGUUAAUUUAUUAUUGCUUUAGUGUUUUGUUUAUAUGUUUCCAUUGUAAGUCAUCUUGUGCACAUAUGGUGGGAAGGUGGUUAAAAAUAUUGCAAAUAAAUAAAACUGUUGCUCUAGGGCAACAAAUCCACUUUGAAAAAGAAAAAACUUUUUGCAGGGGAAAGCAGAGAAAAGAGUGGGCUGAAGGAAUGAUGAAUGGGAAGGUGUAGAAAUGUUUACCAAAGGCGGGCAGGAUGCUGACAAGCAAGGAUGUCAAGUGUGCACUGGGGGAAGUGGGGCUAGAGUCUGAUUUGGCAGAGGGGGCAGUGGUCUGUGGGGACCUGUACCAACCAGCAGGCAAGAAUCAGAGGCAGGGGAGCUUCAGAGCUGGAGGAAGAGGAGGAAGAGGCAGGCCGGGCAAGUGAAGGGCCUGGAGCUUCCCCACCUUCCCUUGCACCAGUGUCUCCCAGAACCAGGAAAAAAUUGAGGCAGGAAAAGCAGAAACAAAUUCCUCUGGCUACAUGUGUGCAACCUGGAGGGGUAGAGGGCAAGUGGUCCCCAGCUACUGCAACUGAGCCAGAGUGCGGAGCUGAGAAUAGCUGCCUAGACGCUCAAUUGCUGUGCAUAGGUAUCUAGAGCUACAGAAGUGACUAUAAUUACUGUACCGUACUUUUCUGUGUAUAAGACUACCCCUAUUUUGUGGGACUCAAAUUUAAGAAAAUGGGGGGAGAUGGCACAGAGUUGUUGAGCUUUCUGCGGAAGAUAGUCAAGAGUUAUUGAGCUGGGGGGGAAUAUCCAGGGUUGUUGAGCUUUUUGGGGGGGGGAUUGCCGAAAAUUGAUCACCCACACACAUCGCAAAAUCCACCUCCCGUCUGUCCCAUCGCCAGCAGAAGCUGCCAAUCGCCCACCCAACUGCAGGAGCGUCAGCCAAUCAACACCACCCAUUGACGCAGAAACCAAUAACACGCACAAUAGCCGCUGACAGCCAUGGAAGCAACCAGUCAAACGUCCACCCUAUGAACUACCCAUGUAGAAGAUGACCCCCAUUUUUUAGCAUUAUUUUUACAGAGAAAAACAUAAUCUUAUAUAUGGAAAAGUAUGGUAUUUUCUUUCACAAUAAAGAGCUCUCUGCCUUUUGCGUUCCUUUGGCUGAGAAGCUCCUUUGACAAUGUCCCACAUGCAAAUCAGGAUGAAUGCUCAUUGUUGUAUAACUGCCCCAUAAGCAAAUCGGAACAAAUGCCCAGAAAAGACUGGACAGAGUCCACGUAAGCUUUGUGCAAGCAUCUCAGGAUGCAUGCUCAAUAAACAGGUCGCCUGAAGAGUCCUGUGAGCAUCUCACUGGGCAGGACGGGAAACAGAUAGUUGAACUAGAUUAUUCCAGUCUACAGUGAUACCUUGGUUUACAACCAUAAUCUGUUCCGGAGGUCUGGUUGUAAACCGAAACAGGUUGUAACCCAAGGUGUGCUUUUGCCAAUGGGGUCCCCCCCCCCAUUGGUUGUAAUCCCAAAAAAGGGACACACACUUCAGGGUUUGACGUGGUUGUAAUCCAAAUCGGUUGCACUGUAAUCAAAAACGGUUGCAAACCAAGGUACCACUGUAUUUGCAAUUUGCUGCUCCAGGGAAGUUCCCCAGUAGCAUGAGGAGAGCACUUACCGUAAGUACCACUGUCUUUUAGGGCUGGUUUUGGGAGUGGAAAGCGAGAGAAUCCCUCACAAUAGCAAUCAAAGGUUCUCCUGCUCAGCAUCUUACUGAAAAACUGCCACAACAUCCUUGCUAAAGAAUGAAGAGAUGCAGUUUGACAUUCAUUGCACACAAUUCAAUGUAAGCUGGCAAAUCUCUCUCUCUGUUCCAUGCACAGUUUCCUUCUGUGUUUUGUGAUGAUCCUUAAAUGGCUUCAUUACUCCAUUAAAAAUGACAGUUCAUCAUAUAACCAGGAUACCUUGUGUUGUGUUGCGUUUUAACUUUGGCUGCUGCUCUGAGGCUUUCUGUAGGAAUAGCUUUGAGUUGGGUAAAGAGGUCAAGAUGGAAUGUGUAAAACACAAAAUCCCAUUGAUUGUGUUUGCCAUCCUUCUAAAAUUCAUUCUGCAUGAAUGCUAGUCUAAAUAAUACUUUCUUGUUUGUCACAUUCCUCGUGAAGAAUUCAAAGUCUUGUGAAUGUUCAUGUGAAUGUGCUUGUGCAACUGUUUUGGAAAGAAUCUUUUGCAUCUUCCUAACUACCUUAUUUCCCGCCGCCUAUUUAUAGACGUUGCUUGCUUUCCAAAAUCCAUUAAGCUGCUAGAUAAACAAAAAAGCAUGUCAAGUUCAAUACAGCAUAAGAAUUAAUGUAACAGACAGAUUUGGAGGGGUGCAGGGAGAAUGGGGCAUAGCUGAGUGUCAGAGCAUCACUUUGCAUGCAGAAGCUCCCUAUUCAAUCCCUGCCAUCUCCAAGUAGGGCUGGGAGAAAACUGCUGCCUGAAAUCCUGGGGAUUUGAACCCGCCUCUCUCUAACCCAGGGAUGCGGGUGGCGCUGUGGGUUAAACCACAGAGCCUAGCACUUGCACAUCAGAAGGUCGGCGGUUCGAAUCCCCGCAACAGGGUGAGCUCCCGUUGCUCAGUCCCUGCCCCUGCCCACCUAGUAGUUCGAAAGCAUGUCAAAGUGCAAGUAGAUAAAUAGGAACCACUCCAGCGGGAAGGUAAACUGCAUUUCCGUGCGCUGCUCUGGUUCGCCCGAAGUGGCUUUGUCAUGCUGGCCACAUGACCCGGAAGCUCCCUCGGCCAAUAAAGCAAGAUGAGCGCCGCCACCCCAGAGUCGGUCACGACUGGACCUAAUGGUCAGAGGUCCCUUUACCCUUACCUCACUAAUCCAACACCAACUUAGUUGUUUGUUAGUCACAUUUUCUCCUUACCUAAUAGGUAAUAAUGUUUAAAAUGAACCCACCUUUUACUCAUUUGCAUUUUAACAGCUUUUCAAACCAAUCUAAUUGCAUGUAAGGCUGUCCCUACUAGUCUGCUUCAUGCAAUGGGGCAUGAUCUAGUAAACUCUUAGUUAAAACCCAGUUAUGUGUUUAGUCUAGUUACAACCUUUAUCUCCUUUCCUCAAAGGUGCAUUGGGCAGCAUACAAAGUCCCCCACCCCUUUAGCCUCACAAUAACUCAGAAAAGUCAAGAUGGCUGAGAGAGAGACUGGCCCAAGGGACACCCAGUGAGCUCUGUGGUUGAGUAGGGAGUUGAACCCGCCUCUCUCUAACCCAACCCCAGCUUAGUUGUUUGUUAGUCACAUUUCUCCUUACCUAAUAGGUUUUUGCCACUGAAUAUGUAGCAAGGGAGUUUGCACUGAGAAGGAAAGGUUUGACAGCAAAGUACUGGAAAGGGAGGAGGAGGAAAAGAGAGGCUGGGGGGAAACUUUAUAAGCCAGCCAGCUGUGAGUCAGCAGCAGACACUGCCUGAUUUUCCUUCUGUGCCUCUCAGAAGUGGAGAAUGUUGCCCCCAGCUCCUGUCUCCUAAAAUGCGCCACAACGCAUGACAGAGGGACCAGCGUCGAAAGUGGUGGGUUUUUUCCUUCUCAGGGACUGUCCUCACUGUCCCUGUCUGCCCAGCAGCCAAGCUAAGGAGUUGCCUCUCCUCCCCACCGCCCUGCUUCCCUUGGCUUCAGAACUUUCUCCAUCUCCACAACGGAACAUGGAAGAGCACUACAUCUCCAAACUGCACCCCACAGGGGAUUAUGGAGCAGGGGUGUUUCUUUUGAUUAUAGGUAAGUCCUGCCUUUCUGCUCAUUCAGGACUGCGUAUUUAGAGGACUUAUAGUGUAAGCAGCAGUGAGGUCUCCAUGUUUGACUGUUUAUUGCUAUAAAGUACAGUUGCUUCUCUCUUGUUUUGGUACUAUGGUGUAAUGUUAUUUUGUCUUCAGAGGGGUUGGAGGAUGUGUGGUUUGAGUGUGGAUAUAGGGUUUUUAAAGUUUUUUAUUAUUAGUUUUUUUCUGGAAACUGAAUAAUUUCUGAGUUGCAUAUUUGACUGUUUCAUGCAUUACAGAAAGACACAUACAGUACAUGAUUUAGCAGCUCAUUCAAAAUUUAGUUUAAAUCAGCCUUCAUCAGUCACGUGCCCUCAAAAAUGUUUUUCUUUCCCUGCUUGGUUUUAAUGUACCUACGUGGGGGUUUUUUGUUAGUUAGUUAGUUAGUAGCUUGCUUUGGGCAAGAAAAAGCAACUAGCAAAUUUAAUAAAUAAUAAUAAUAAUUUUGGACUGUAACUCCCACUAGUUGCAGCCAGCACUGCUACUGUAAUCCAAAAUAUCUGGAGGUUGCUCCAUGGUGGCAAAGGCUCCUAUAGAUGGAUGGAGUUUUGCAGAAUAUGCUGUUUGGAAGGAGGUUGCAGAUGAAAGUCAGCUGAAGCUCAUAAGCAUUUUGAGAUAAAUGCACAUAAUAUUUUUGAUGGUGACAGCUAGUGGGUGAAGGAUUUCUAUGUGCAGCAAAGUUUGUGGACAGGGGCAUGAGCAUGAGGCAUGCUGAGGUGCAAGUAUCCUACAUGGAUCCCCUCACACAUUCUCCUAAUGGUGUCUGAAUCUCUGUUGGAUGAGUUGGCACAGACUUGUGAAAUGAGUGCAGAGACUGAAAAGGUCAUAUGAAAGCUUUUAUCUGCGGUGGCUGCAAUGGUCCCCUCCACUAUCGAAGCCAUCACUAGAUAUUGUGGUCAUAAGCUAGUUUUUGAAAGCUAUAAUGGGAAUACUUUGCCCUGAAAGGUUGGCAAAAUUACAUUCACCCUCUGCACUCCCUCCAUCAAGGUUAAGGUGUAUAUAUGUGUAAGUAAAACCAUAUUAUCUUAAAGACUCCGCUGCGCCUCAUUUUUCCAAAAGAAUCAUGAACCCUGGUUGAGGGUGAAGACUCCUGGAACCUCACACCACUUGGCAGAGAUUGGGGUGGCCCUUAACAAGAUGUUCUCUUCACAUGAAAGGGUUCCAUCUUAUUUUCUGUUGUUCACCCUCUGGAGCAGACCUGUGGAGCGGCACAAGGAGAGAAGCAGCAAGGGUUGUUCUGUACACAAACAGAAGUUCUAGUGCUAGUGCAACUACUUCUCUGGACACCACCCUUUCUUUUAAUCCUUCUUUCAAGGUGCUCAGGACAACUUUGUGUCCAGAGCUGACAACAAACUGGCAGUGCAAUCCUGAAAUGUAAGGCUAGAUGACUUCAUUGUGACUUACUUUCAGGUAACUGUGUGUAGGAAUACAGCCUAGAUCAAUAAUUUGACCAGGUGAGUGCACAUGCUACUUAAUAGUUUUCACUGAGGCCAUGAAACCUCGAGCCAUGGCUAUCAAGGUUUCGAGGUGGAGGAGGGAGAGAGCUUGAACGUUGAGACCCACGGAAUCAUAAGCUUGAGAGUGUCCAGAACCAUAUUCCCGAUCACUUCCACCCAUUUUGUCUUGUCUGAAAAUCUGCUAUUGAGCACAGAGUUUGCACCAACAAGGGUGUCAGGACUGGACAGCCUUCUCUCCUGCCGCACGUCUUACUACUCUAGGGAUUGCUAUGCUGUGGAAUGGCAGGCGACCCCACCAACAUUUUCUUUUGGAUGCACAUUUCAAUUCACCUUUUACAAUGUCAAGAUAACAACUCUACAGUGUUGAAGAGAGCAUACCACAGGUAUCAAGACUAGAUGCUAGAAAGUGACUGAUUGGUGGCUGAAACAGAAUCCACUUUUGUUCUGACCCUUACCUGUCCUUCAGUCACAAAUCCACUGAUAUAAAUUCACAAGCUGUUUCAUGUUACUUUGGGUAACACAUUACCUAUUGUGGAGAAAGGCCUGUGAAUAAAAUACCUACUUCUCGUUAAAAAAGAAGAUGCUAUGGCUUCUAAACUUUGAGUUUUGAGUAUCUUGCACCGGUUUGUUGACUGAUUAUGAAUGCCUGUAAACCACACUGCUUUCCUCCUCCAUCUUCCAGGCAUCCUGACAGUUCUGGGGAAUUCAGCUGUCCUGGCAGUAGCUGUGAAGCGCUCCUCCCAUCUCAGGUCACCUGAGCUCCUGACGGUUAAUUUGGCCGUAACCGAUCUUGGAAUGGCCAUCAGCAUGUAUCCCCUGGCUAUUGCUUCUGCCUGGAACCAUGCCUGGCUGGGGGGCGAUGCAACUUGCAUUUAUUAUGCCCUGAUGGGUUUCCUGUUUGGUGUCGCCAGCAUGAUGACCUUGUCUGUGAUGGCUGUAAUCCGCUUUCUUGUAACCCACUCUUCAAAGUCCAAUAGUGAGUAACAAAGCACAGAAGGGUGGCAAAGGUGAAACAAUUUCAAAGCUUCAGACUUCAUGUCAAGGCCAAGGGAAUAAUAUUUUAAAGAGCCUAUCAGACCUUUUCUGUGUGUUUAUAGAUCAGAUAUAUUCAGCAUUACUGCAGUAAACAAUGGGGGCGGAUAUACAGUCUGGCCGUAAACAUGUUUUGAGCUGUAAAUUGAAAUGCAUAAUACCAUGUAGGAGUUGGCACUAUGGUCCUGGUGUGAAAAACACUGUUCUUGUUUACAUUGGCUGUGUACCUCUGCUACUAGCCAAAGACAGUUAACCACAUCUGGUGACCAAUGGAAAUAUCUUAAGCUUCCCUGAGAAUGCUUUAAGGAGGCCUAUAAAUGUUGUCAGGCAAUAUACAUAAAAGUAUCACACUAGACAAGUGUGUUCUAAAGUAUGUCUAUAUAGCCAUAACUCAAACAGUUAUUUUUGACGGAGAUCAUGUACAUAAUGUCUCCACAGCCUGAGCAAAGGGUCAUGGCUUACAGGGCAUGCAGAAGAUCCCAUGCUCAGUCCUUGCCAUCUCCAAAUAGAACCUGGGAAGUCUGAAACCCAGGAAAGCUGGACAACAGAGUGACAGGGAUAAUUGCCUGGCAGAUUUCUAUGCUCUUCAAAUAGUGUUGGUAUCUAUAGUCUACUUUCUUUUCUUUUCCUAGGUAAUACAAUCAACAGAAAAGUCAUCCAUGUUUCUAUUGCCUUGAUCUGGCUGUAUGCAGCCCUCUGGGCCAUGUUGCCUCUGCUAGGCUGGGGGCAUUACGGCCCAGAACCAUUUGGCACUUCCUGCACCAUAGCCUGGAGCCAGUUCCACAACUCGGCUAAUGGGCUUUCCUUUAUUCUGAGCAUGUUCAUUCUGUGUACCUUUCUGCCAGCAAUUACCAUCACCAUCUGUUACUUGGGUAUAGCCUGGAAGGUUCAUAAAACCUAUCAAAAGAUGCAGAACUUCAACAGGACUUCAAAUGCAGCAAAGCUGGAGAAGAAAUUGACAUUGGUGGGUAUGUCUUGUUGUGAGCAGAGUAUUUUUGUAUUUUAAAGAGCAAUAGGAACACAGUGUUCCUUUGACUCAGACAUUGAUUCUGUCCUUACAGAUUGAAAAUUAUUGUCAAAAUAUUGGGGAAAUGCCAAAGCACUUAUGGAUGCUAUGGACUGGGCUGUUUGUGUGUGUUUGCCUUCAUGUAUGGUUUGUGUUCCAUUUGAGUUGCAGACAUUGAGCAACUCCUCUGUUUUUCAGUUGUUAGAUUCAUUGGUAUGAAAGCUUAUUGUAUUAACGAGAAAUAAUAUUAAUAUUAUAAAUAAAUAAAUAUUUAUUCCCCACCCAUCUGGUUGGGUUUUCCCAGCCACAUACAUACUGGGGACUAACUUAAUGAUGAACCUGUAUAUUGUCAGACUCUCAGAUCUUGCAAUACAUGGGCUCAUAGAGGAAGCAUGUGGUAUAUAUAUAUUGCUAUUGUAUGACAGGUGACAUUCCAUUAUGAUGUAAAGCAUCUGAUAAACACAAAGGAUGCUGUUCUUAAUUUCUUAUCCUGAUCUUGUGUUAUUUUUUACCGCUAGAGGGCUGCUGUACUGCAGAGGAUACUGCUUUUCGGUCUUAGGAUAAAAUGGACAGCCUAAAAUGAAUGCAAGAGCCAAUUGUUUAAAUAUCUCUUAAAUGUUAAAGCACUAAUCCUUCAUUUCUCUCUCACCGAUUCGAAAUAACAGAUAGAGAAGGAGAAAAUAUAAAAAGCCAGCCAGUAACUAACUAUAAGUGGUUGUUUUUACAGAUGGCUGUACUGAUCAGUGUGGGAUUCCUCAGCGCAUGGACACCAUAUGCCGCAGUCAGCUUCUGGUCAAUAUUUCACUCCAGUGAAUCAAUACCACCCAUCGUUACCUUGUUGCCAUGUCUUUUUGCUAAAUCCUCAACAGCCUACAACCCUUUCAUUUACUAUGCUUUCAGCAAAACUUUCCGGCGUGAAAUUAAGCGCCUCCAGUGCUGCUGUAGUCAGAAAGUUUACUUUAGCACCAAGCAUACCAAUAGCCAUGUGUCAGUGAUUUGGUCAGGAAGGGAUAACGCGCACAUUUCUUCAUUCAGAAAGACAGACAGUGGAGAAGUUCCAAAUCCAUCUGCUGCAGCUGCAGAAGUCUUAUUUGAAAACGUUGCUCUAAAGUCCAGAUCAUGAAAUCUCCCAGGGAAACACUGCAAGGGCAGUAAUUCCUAGGAAGUUUAUAAUAAACUGCUUGCAGGAUAAUUCCAAGGUCUCUGUUCUUUAAAAAAAAAGACCUGCCGGCAAGAACUGAGGAAUCUCAAGGAAUUGUGAGCACAUGGACUAAAUUAGAGUUUGCUAUAUUAAUAGCUGGCAGAGGAGGUAUUUAGGCAGUUAAAAGAGAUUGUAAUGUUAGUGAACUUGGCAUUUGUUUUUGUGCUUUUGUUGGACUGUAUGGGAUGCUGAGCUCAGGUGUCAAUGAUGGAGUCUCAAGAGGCACAGGUGUCUUGAAGAAUAAGAAAAGACCUUUGCUUAAUGGGCUGUUAACACCUCCCCCUUCAAUGCUUCUAUUAAGGCUGUUGAGCAAGAACCUUACAAAAAAUGGACUUUUCAUAAAAGGGUCGCUCUAUCCGUCUUGUGCAUGUCAUCUCAGUAAUGGAUUUGUGAGGUCACAGAACUGGAAACCGCCCAUAUCUCCCGUAAGGCCACCAACUUCAGACUCUACAGAGGCUAUUGAGUAGGAAAAGAAAAAGGUAGACCAGGCAUAGGCAACCUUCGGCCCUCCAGAUGUUUGGGCUACAAUUCCCAUCAUCCUUGACCACUGGUCCUGUUAGCUAGGGAUCAUGGGAGUUGUAGGCCAAAACAUCUGGAGGGCCAAAGGUUGCCCGUGCCUGAGGCAGACUACCAGGGGUAGGAAAUGAAUAUUUGUCAAUCUGACAAGCAAACAAAGCUAGGGCAACGAGACUGGACCGAAAGGGCAAGGCAUGUGAACAAACAGUAUGAAACAGCAGGACAUAAUUUCACCACCUUUCUGUAUCAGUAACAUUUAUUUUAAAUUGUAAUUUGCAUUUCCAAAGAUCUGAAGUGUAUUUCAGAUAUAAUGCAGUCUUAUAUGCAAAAAUUUUAAAUUUACUCAUUUCAUUUAGAUUCUUUGAUAGAUCUUACAUACAUAUGUAAUAAUAUUGCAGAUGAUUUCCCACUUUCUUAGAAAGCAUAAGGCAACACCAGACAUUGUAGAUGAUUUAACAAUUUUAUCAACAAAUCACAAUGCAUUAACACAAACUAUAAGAUAUAAAGUUUGUUAUGAGACAGAGGUUUACAGAGAUUGCUGCCUCAUUUCCAAGUAUUUCUCAAUAUCAUCAAGAACUUGGACAGCUACCUUUGGGAUUCAGGUUCCAGGGCCAAAUAUUUUGGAAACACCAGAGGCAUACAAGAAGUCAUAAUCCUGCGCAGGAGAAAAACAGACAUAAAACAUGCAUGCAGACUUUGUAAAGUAAAAUUCUGCAGAACACAUGCUAAAAGAGCAGAGUUUAGCGAUGGCAGGUCAGGAGGUAGCACACAUGGAGAAGGGGAAAUAACUUGGUAUGCUAGCUAUGGGGGGAAACAGUGAUGCUCUCGCCUACGCAAACCCCGCCAUGUGUGCAAAGUCCCAGUGACUACAGGUUCAAGCAAUCUCUGCUCUAGGUGUUAUCCUAUGUAACAUAAAGAAUGAAAUCAUCAAAAGUGGUGAACAUUUUCACCUCUGCUCCAAGACAACCAGAGACUUGUGGCUCUAUACGAAUCUUUUGCCAGGUGCAACAAUUAUACCAAGGUCAAGAGAUUCAAAACAGAAAAGCAAAUUCUACCCCACUCCACUCGCCAUUCCCCCCUCCAGCCCUUUCUUCCCUUCUUCUUCCUAACUAUUUAAACCAAUUCAUGAACCAAGAACUUCUACAUUGACCACUAAUAAUGAAAAAUAUGUUGUAGAUAUAUUUCCACAUUUAUUAUGCUAUUUUUGUGAUAUACAAAUGACAUAAGACUACUUGGUACAGUAUACUCAUUUGUAUAACAUUAUUCUUGUUUAUAACCCCACCCCACCCCCACUCCCCGGAAAAAAAGCAAAUUCUGGAAGGAAAAAAAAUUAUAUAUUUUCUAUUUCAGUAAAGGAAACUGGUCC